GGCCCUACUACCAAGGGCCUAUUACACUUGUAAAUACGCACGUAAGUGUGAUAGAGAGGCAAAACUUAUAUCGAUGUUUGCGAUAGGCUCUCAAGGUUGGUGUCCACUGGGUUCGCUGAAUUGAAUCGAAUCGAAUCGCAUUAAUUUGCCUUCUAUACAUUUACUAUGAAAUUUUAUCUAUUGGUGAAGAGCCGCGGCGCGCCGAUUCGAAUUUACCGAGCGCAUCGAGCCGCAUUUGCUUCGUGUGUGCCAAAUGUGUGCGUUCAACACUCCUAGUGAGUAUUAUAUUCUUUGGUUCAACACAAGACUAAUUUCGAUCGUCUGACUGACAACUAGAGUGUGGUUGAUAAAUCGCUGCAGUCUGUAGAGCCCAUAACGCAUUAGCUGUCACGUCACUGCUGUAGUAGAGGCAGAAAUGUCAUUAAGUUAUACCAAGCGAUAAACAAGGCAUAACAAUAAAAUAUAUCGAUGUUAGCAUGUGUGAUUAAAUAAUUGUAAAAUUAUGUUUUAGUAGAAAAUACUUUGUCUGGGUAUAUUGCAAACAUGGAAACCACUCCAUUACUAUCCAGACCUAAGAGGAAAUCUUUAUGGUCAAGAUUUAGUUUCCGUAAAAAAGAGUUGACAUCUAGAGUAAUUUAUCUGGGACAACUACCAGAUGAAGAUUUUCCACCAAAUUUCAUUUGUAAUCAAAAAUAUAAUAUUUUAACAUUCCUUCCACUGGUAUUGUAUGACCAAUUCCGUUUCUUUUUAAAUCUUUACUUUUUGGUCAUGGCACUAAGUCAAUUCAUACCGAGUAUUCGUAUUGGAUACCUGUAUACAUACUGGGGUCCGCUGUGUUUUGUUUUGGCAGUGACACUGUUCAGAGAAGCAGUGGAUGACUUCAGGCGAUAUAGAAGGGACAAAGAAGUGAAUAGGCAAUGCUACGAGCGUGUGGUUCUUGACCAGAACAUAAUAAAUGACUACCGGCCAUUUGUGACGGAACGCGUGCCGGCGUCGGCACUGAGAGUUGGCGACAUAGUCAUGCUGCACAAGGGGCAAAGAGUGCCGGCAGACAUGAUUCUGCUGAGGACUAACGAGACAAUGGGCACUGUAUUUAUACGAACGGACCAAUUGGAUGGAGAAAUAGAUUGGAAAUUGAGAAUACCAUUACCGUCUACACAAAAACUCCCGACAGAUGCACAUCUUCUCGAUAUAAAUGCUCAAAUAUUUGUCGAAAAACCAGAAAAAGAUAUACAUUCCUUUAUUGGAACUUGUACUAGAUUGGAUGAAGAAGAGAAUGAUUCUUUGGACAUCGAGAACACACUGUGGAGUGGCUGCGUCGUGGCUUCAGGUCAAGCUACCGGAUUAAUUAUUUACACAGGUAGUCAAACGCGUAGUGUGAUGAACAACUCGACACCCCGGUCGAAAGUCGGCCGACUCGAGCUGCAGGUUAACGACCUCACCAAGCUCCUCUUCGCAGCUACACUCCUCACGUCCUUCCUAAUGAUUGUACUGAAAGGUUUCAAUGGACCUUGGUACGGAUUUCUCUUUAGAUUUGAACUGUUGUUUUCAUACAUCAUUCCAAUUAGUUUAAGGGUAAACUUAGAUAUGGGCAAAGUAUUCUACUCCUGGACUAUACAGAAAGACAAAAAAAUAGAAGGCACGGUUAUGCGAUCGACGACAAUCCCAGAGGAACUGGGUAGGAUACAGUAUCUCCUCGCUGACAAAACUGGGACGCUGACCAAAAACGAGAUGGUAUUUCAAAAGCUGCAUUUAGGAAAUGCUUUGUACGACAACAAUCUGUUUUAUGAGGUGGAAGGGUUGCUGACACAAUAUCUGACGAACGAGUCGCACUCGGCCCCGGCGUCGCCCAUACUUGGGAGCUCGGAGCCUCUGUCGCCGACGCCGCAGCAGGUGUGGCGCGCGGUGCUGGCCCUAGCGCUGUGCCACAACGUCACGCCGGUCUACGAGCUCGACGACCAGAGGGCGGACGAGGCGCAGUCAGACAUGGGAAGCUCCAUGAUGUCGGAGAGCUGCGGCGGCGCUGUGCCGCAGCAGGAGCUGUGCGAUUACCAGGCCUCUAGCCCCGACGAAGUGGCGCUCGUCAAGUGGACCGACCGGAUGGGUGUAUCCCUGUACCGAAGAGAUUUUAGCAGCAUCUCUUUGAAGCUGCGAGCAACCAACGAGAUCAUGCAGUUCUCAAUACUGCAAAUAUUCCAUUUCACCAGCGAAAGCAAGAUGAUGGGUAUAAUUGUGCAGGAGGAAGUAUCCGGCGAGAUAACGUACUACGUGAAAGGCGCAGACGUGGCGCUCGCGCCCCUCCUCGAGUCUCCCUGGCUCAACGAGGAGUGCAAGCGGCUGGCGGCCGAGGGCCUGAGAACCCUGGUGGUUGCCAAGAAAAUUCUGACUAAGAACGAGUAUUUGGAAUUUGAGAGUGAAUACAAAGAGGCGAGACUGAGCGUGACCAACCGCGCCGAAAAGACCAUGGCGGCGAUGUCGAAGCUGCAGUGCGGGCUGCAGCUGCUGGGGCUCACCGGCGUCGAGGACCGGCUCGCCGACCACGUGCCCGAGACCAUGGCCAUGCUGCGCGCCGCCGGGAUCAAGAUCUGGAUGUUGACCGGCGACAAACUGGAGACAGCAUUGUGCAUUGCGCGCUCGCUGCACCUCGGCGGCGGCAGCAGAUGGUUCGUGGCGCCGGAGUGCAGCUCGCGCCGUGACGCGCACGCGCUCCUGCGCGGGCUCGCCGCCGCCGCCGACCAGGACCUCAUCAUCGAGGGCGAGACGCUCGAGAUGUGCCUGCAGUGCUACGAGGACGAGCUGGUGGAGGUGCUGUGCGGGUGCUCGGGUGUGGUGGUGGCGCGCUGCUCGCCCACGCAGAAGGCGCGUGUGGCGCAGCUGCUGCGCGCGCGCGGGCGCGUCGUGGCGGCCGUCGGUGACGGCGGCAACGACGUGGCCAUGAUACAAGAGGCAGACAUAGUUUGCCUAUGUACAGGCGUAGGCAUAGAGGGCGCGGAGGGGCGCGCCGCGUCGCUGGCGGGUGACGUGAGCGUGCGCGCGUUCUCCAGCCUGGCGCGGCUGCUGCUGGUGCACGGCCGGCGCGCCGUCAUGCGCUCCGCCGCACUGUCGCUCUUCAUCGUGCACCGCGGGCUCAUCGUCUCCACCAUGCAGGCGGUGUUCAGCGUAGUGUUUUACUUCUCGUCGGUCUCACUCUAUCCCGGAUUCCUGAUGGUUGGAUAUGGUACCCUGUUCACUAUGCUGCCAGUAUUUUCUUUGGUCCUUGAUAAAGACAUUCCUAGCUCUACUGCUCUCAAAUAUCCUCAACUGUAUAAACAAUUGACGAAAGGGAGACAAUUGUCAUACAAGACUUUCUACAUUUGGACGGGGAUAUCCAUAUAUCAAGGCGGCGUAAUAAUGUACGGCGCGCUGGUGCUAUUCGAGGACCAGCUGAUCCACAUCGUAGAGAUCAGCUACACGGCGCUCAUCCUCACCGAGCUCAUCAUGGUGGCGCUCACGGUUGACACGUGGCACCGACUCAUGGUGGUGGCCGAGCUGGCCAGCCUGCUCAUGUACGCCACGACGCUGCUCGUCUUCAAUAGCUACUUCGACUCGGAUUUCAUCAAGCACUGGGAUUUCUGGUGGAAGGUAACAACAAUAACUCUCGUCUCGUGCUUGCCGCUGUACAUCGUGAAGUUCAUGCAUCGUAAGUGGAGCGCUCGCCAGUACCGGAAUAUUAGGAAAUGAUCUUUGAGUGUUAGGGCAUAGGGUUUCCAUUGUGCCCUAACAUAACGUGUGUUCAAUUAGUGUACCGUGAAACCAUUUAUUUGUGCCUUGGAGGGUAAAAUUUUCUAUUACUAUUUAUAUCAAUUUGUGGUUUGCUUACUAUUUACGCAUUUCCCUUUUCUCUUGAUAUAUAUUUUAUGGGUGGAGUAAAGUUGUAGGGUUUCGUGGUAGAAUACUUUACUCGCUAGCGUGCAUCUGAACAUUGUUUUGACAAGCACGCAAUGAAUUUAUGUAAGCUUCACACGCGCUUUGAUGUACCUUUUAUAAUCGUUUGUCUCCAUUGUUUUAUGUACGCACAUAUACAUAAUCCCAAAUAUAAAAACUUUUUUGCUACAGCAGACUACUUAUCUGUGAAAUAUUAAGACUUCAUUUUUACAACAAAAUUGAUUUAAUAAUUACAUACAUUCAAAUUUGGAACGACUUUGAAAAACAAAGCAAAUUCUUUUAACCUUUAUUCUAAUAUCAGUCGAGGUGACGUUUUAUUAGAAAUGAUUUUUUGUCAAAUCUCGCAUGUUACUUGAUAAUUGAACGAUAUGGCUGCUGGGCCGAAUCUAGUGUGUCUCUGAAUUAAAAAAAAACUAGGGUUCCGUGUAAAAUGAGCAAUCAAGAUAUUUCGGAGACGCCACCUCAUCAUAAUAUAUUUGGCAAACAUAUUUCAGAAAGAGGUUCCUUCUGUGAACAAAACAACAAAAGUUAACGACCUGUCUUUCACUUUUAUCUUACUGUCUUAUUUAAAUCUCAAGUAUAGAAAAAAAAUAUCCUGCCGGGUGUAGCGGGUGUAGCGUAAAAAUUCGUUUAGAUUCUCUUCACUUUGCGAUGUCUACAAGAAAGGCGCGAACGAGUUAAACAUACAAAAAAAUGUUUUUGACCCAUCCGCGAGUUCCGCAACAGAAAAACGAUGCCACAAUGCGGGUCGGAAACAUGUACCUCCUCAACACAUCAUAGAGAGCUUUUAUUUGUAGAGCUUGUAUGUGUAUAGAUAAAGCAGCAGGUACGUAACUGUACUAGGCAUUAAACACUUUUUCAUCACACUUGCUUAAAAAAGAUCUUAUUUUAAGCAGGUGUACUGAAGGACAAAGGCCUAUAUUGUUCACGCGGGAGUUAUGGAUUGUGAAAAAAAAAAUGUUAAAGUGAAAACUUCUUUAGCGGCGCUGUGCACUUUUUGUGAUGGGGAUAAAAUUUUAAACUCGCGUCAGGUCACGUGGCCGUCAGAUUGAAAAUUCGUAAGACGGACACGUGACAUCAUGGUGACGUGCAAAUUGAAUGUCAUCGAAGCCUGGUUACUUUUGAAAAAUCGUAUCUCAUUCAAGUGUAGUGUGACAUUUUAUUUUCUUCUUAAUCAAAGUGCUGUCAUAACGGUUAAAGAGGUUUAAUCUUUGUUAAUUGUGUUGUAUUGUAUCUUUCUGUUGUUGGGUGUCCAUGAUUGUAGAUACUCAAAUUUUUUCUUAUCAAAAAGUUAAAUAACAGAAAAGAAGCGUGAUUGUUUUACUUAAUGUGAUGGUGAACGAUACAUUAACAUUUACUGAUUGUGUAGGCUGUAGGCCUGCUCACGUCUCAUGAAUUACUCUGUAUAUGUUAUAUUGUGUAUUAACACAAUAAAUCGCAUUUCAAAAUAUCUUCAUCUCUCAAAUUUAUUUACGUAGGUAUAAUAAAGAAUUAUCUCUUUUUAUAAAACUGCUACUCAAUUUCUCCAAAAUAUCAAAAAUGCACAACGUUAAUAUUCAAGUUUUCACUUCUGCCAGCACUCGCGGAGUGCUACCCGUUGUUUUUAUUUUAAAUUAUGUCACAAAAAUAUAGAAACCACGUAGUGUAAAUGAGUUUUACUUUAAAAACACUGCCGUUAAUAAUUUAAUUAUUUUAUAAAAAUCAAUUUGAUUUAUUUAAUAACAGUUUAAAAUAUUUUAUAUAUUAUAUACAUAUAAUUUUCAAUCGUGGCUGAAUUUCGAAUAGGUCUGUACCUUCGAUGCCUAACCUGUCAAAGAAUGACAAUUGGCAAUAUUGCGGACGAAUGUUUGAAAUGUCACCGUAUUUAAGAAUUAUUUCGCUUAUAAUUUAGUUUUUUUUUCGCAAGUGUGAUGAAAAACAUUGUGUGUAACUCCGGGGGUAAGAAUAUUGCAACCUCGGGUCUUAAAUUCCCUCCAACAUCCGGCUGACGGGAAUUACCGCCCUCGCUUCAAAAAUUUCAGUUACCCCGCUCGUUGCACAAUGUACUAUAGGGACCGUGCGCGUUAGAGGGUCUGCCAUCUUGUGGUCUGAAUCGGAACCAUAAACAGGCACAUUUACACGUCAAGUGUUUUCUUGUGCAUAUAGGUUCUGCCAUCUUGCGGCCACAUCGGAACAAUAAACAUCACAUUUACGCUUCGCGCCAAAAAUCUGACAGCUCCUGUGCUGCCUCCUACAGUUCAUGCACGCUCCCUAUUGCGAUCCUUUUAUGAAACUCAUUCGUUUAAUAAACCCCAGCUGGUAUUUUAUUACAGUUCAUUGUGUAGCAGUCACAUUAGCAAUUAGUAAACCAGAUGAUACUCUGAACCAGAUUAAUAUUCUCGCUCCUAAUAUUUAUGUAAUGUCUUCAACACAGGUAGCUGUCAAUUUGCAAAGCUCACUUAGGAAAUUACCUACUAAUGGUCAGUUCAGUGUGUUGCUGUUAAUAUAAAUACAGUCGCCAUCAGAUAUGUCGGAGUGGCCAAAGUGCUCAAACAUAAUGAUCUAAAGACGUUGACAUUAGAGGCGUGUUCAGAUAUUUGUGACCACCUUGGCUGCUCCUGCAUAUCUGAUGACUACCUACUGUACAAAUUAUAAAGUUCAGAAUAAAUAUUGAAACUCUGAAGAAAAUUUAAGUCUUAUGUUAAUGACUAGUAUUUAUUACAAACAUGUAUUUAUAUCGACGUUGUCGCAUUGUGAUUGUUUGAUUCCCAAGUUUUAGAAUUGUGUUUUUUUUCGGUCUGGAUGUCUGUAUAUGUUUCCUACUUCUACCUGAUAUAAUAUAACUAUAUGAAUUAAAAUUACUGUAGGACAUAUUGUGAAUACUGUGAUGCGAACAUAGUAUGUAUACGUAGAUAUAAGAGAUUUAUGUUGCAAAUUUUAUUUUAUCCAUAAUAUAUUCGUACCUAUGUAAGUGUAAAAGUACGUUAUAUUAGUUUUUAAGGUACAAAAUGUAUUGAUGUGAUAUAUUAAUAUACCUACUGUAUAACUAAUUUCCGUGUAAAUAAAUAAUUUAUCCAGUAUAAUCCUAUCUAAAUAUGAGUUAACAUCUUAUUUAUUUCCGUCAUAUACGUGGGUACAACCGGGCCGGAUUUCGAAGAAGGGGACCCCGAUAAAAUUAUUUAUUUAUUUAAACAUUAUUGCAUAAUACAUGAAAGUACAAAUGACGAACUUAAUGCCAAAAGGCAUUCUCUACCAGUCAACCAUGGGCUAAACCGAAAGAUUGAGUUGGUGCAGGGUCAAACAGAAUAAAAUUCAAAAUAAUCUAAUACAAAACUAAAUAAUAAAUAUACAUUAACCUGUGGUACUAAGUACUGCGGAUCGCAAAGCGGCAUGGGAGAGUAAGGUGCUACACGGGCUAGCAAACUUAUUUCUUGACUCCACAUUGACACUCUGAAUAGUGGAUACAGUGCUCUCCUCAGAAAUAAUAUCGAUAUUGGCACGGCAAAAACGCUACAAUUUCAAAAAAUCUGUAGCAGACAACUCUUUGAUUACAAGGGCAAGUGUGAAAUUGCCGCAUUUUUGCAGAUUCAUCUUUCAUUAGCCACACUCAACUAUUGUCGUCUUCAUAAACAUGUCAUUUAUAUUCAGCAAACACAACAUUGGGGAUAGCAUAUAACCCUGCGAAACGCCAGCUUUAAUGUCCAAGCUAACGAAGCAGCUUCCCUUCUACUACGGCUCGUAUGCGUCUGACGGACAAAAAGCGAUCAAUUUGCAUAGUCCCUCGGACAGUCUAUUGCAUAGGUAACUUCGACCAGGAGACCUCGAUGCCACCUGUAAAAUUGAAGGUCAUAUUCGGGUUUUUGUUUUCGACGUGUUUAAUGAAAGCUACUGCAAUUAGUUUUAACAUAUUGAAAUUAUUAUUUUUUCUCCAGUGAUGGACAGUAUGGCGCCAUAACCAUUUUUGUAGUUUGUUAAAGAUAAGGACAAAGUUUUAAGUUUAUACUGAUAGUCGUUAUGGAUUAGAGAUCUGAUAUAAACGGUUUUUUUCAUAACGCAUACGUUUACGUUCAGGUGAUACAAAUAAGCUUCAUUUGGUUUAAUUUAUAGAUAAAAUAUAGAUGUAUCUAUGUA